AUGCCUUCCUACGUCGUAACUGGUGCAUCGAGAGGUAUUGGGGUGGGUUGGGUGUGGAAGUUAUGCGCAGACGCGAACAACAAGGUGUUCGCCGUAGUGCGCAACCCGGAGACAGCAACUCAGCUCCAGGCGUUUCUGAAAUCCGAUGAGAACAAGAACAAGAAUGUCGUCGUAAUUAAAGCUGACUUGACAGAUUAUAAGACAAUUAAGGCGGCGGCAGAGGAAGUGUCGAAAGCCACUGGAGGAACAUUGGAUCAUCUCAUCAACAAUGGUGCCCUUAUGCAUCACGAGCGGGCAAUGCUGACUAUUGAUGCCUACCCGGAUGAAGAGACACUUGAGAAUGACUUUUUGGCCUUCUUCAAGACUAACGUUAUUGGCGUCACACAUACGAUAAACGCUUUCAUCCCUCUACUCCGCGCAGGAAAUACGAAGAAAGUAUUGGUGGUCUCCUCAUCCAUGGGGUCUACUCGAUUCAACAUGGAUGCGAACUACGAGAACAUCGUGCCCUAUUCAAUCUCGAAGGCUGCCUUGAACAUGGCUGUUGUCAAAUUUGCCACGAGGUACAAGAAGGAGGGAUUCACUAUCGUGGCUGUCACGCCUGGGCUUGUGAAGACCAUCCCUGGCUUAACUCCAGAGGAACUCGAGAAAGUCUUCGAGAAAAUCGUUGCGCAAAUUCGCAUCGCUAGUCCGAAGUUCGCUGGAGCUAUAACUGUUGAACAGUCCGUCAAUGACCAACUAGCGUUGUUGGAGAGGAUAACGCCUGCGGAUUCUGGUUCUUUCGUCCAUGCAGAUGGUAGCGACGCAAACUUCCUUCACCAGUAG